AUGUGGAAAGAAGAGGAAGCAGGCUCUACGGAGAAGGGCAUCGUGGCCGAGGGCCAUGGCACGAGUACGGUUCUCAGCCAAGUCGCCACCGUGCAGCCUCACCCGGACUUUAUGACCAGAACAGGACUCAACAUUGAGUCUUUCAAGUGUGCUCACUAUGGUCCUGGGCUUGUUGAGAUGGAGCGGCCCAUGAAGCCACGCCAUUUGAACAUGAUCGCAAUUGGUGGCUCCAUUGGCGCAGGCUUCUUUGUUGGCUCGGGUGGUGCGCUCUCCAACGGUGGGCCAGGCUCACUAUUUAUCGAUUUUCUCAUCAUCGGUAUUAUGAUGUUCAACGUCGUACACGCCCUUGGUGAAUUGGCUGUCAUGUAUCCCGUUUCAGGCAGCUUCUAUGUUUACUCGGCUCGCUUUAUCGACCCUUCCUGGGGCUUUGCCAUGGGCUGGAAUUAUGUUUUUCAAUGGGCGUCAGUUCUCCCCCUCGAACUAACGAUCUGCGGCAUCACCAUUCAAUACUGGAACCAAGAUAUAAACAUUGCAGUCUGGAUUUCCGUGUUCCUGGUUGUCAUCAUUAUUGUCAAUGUUUUCGGAGCAAUUGGCUACGCUGAGGAGGAAUACUUUUCGGCCAUGUUCAAGCUUAGCGCGACCGUCAUUUUCAUGAUCAUUGCCCUAGUUUUGGUGCUCGGUGGAGGACCUUCCGAUGGACGGUACACCCACUAUACCGGCGCGAAGCUCUGGUACGAUCCCGGAGCGUUUGCGAACGGGUUUAAGGGCUUCUGCUCUGUUUUCGUCACCGCUGCGUUCUCGUUCUCUGGCACUGAGCUUGUCGGUCUGGCCGCUGCCGAGACAAAGAAUCCUCUCAAGUCGUUGCCCAGCGCCAUCAAGCAAGUCUUUUGGCGUAUUACACUGUUCUACAUUCUGGGAUUGUUCUUUGUCGGUCUCUUGAUUCCGUAUACCGACAAGGAGCUGUUGAACGCUGGUGCGUAUGACGACCCGCACGCUUCGCCAUUCGUCCUUGUUGGCAAGUACGCCGGCUUGAAGGGGUUUGACCACUUUAUGAACAUCACUAUCCUGGUCUCAGUGCUCUCUAUCAGUGUCUCCAGUGUCUACGGCGGAUCGCGUACUCUUACUGCCAUGGCCCAGCAGGGCUAUGCGCCGAGAAUAUUCACCUACAUCGACAAGUCUGGAAGACCUCUCUUUUCUGUCAUUAGUAUCAUUGUCUGCGGUGGGAUAGCCUAUGUUAGCUUGGAUGCUACUGGCCCAGUCGUCUUCUCCUGGCUGCAGUCAAUUUCAGGACUUGCUGCUCUCUUCACAUGGGGAUCAGUGUGCCUCGCCCACAUUCGCUUCCGACACGCCUGGAAGUACCAUGGACACACACUCGACGAGAUCCCCUUCCGUGCCGCUGGUGGUAUUUGGGGCUCGUAUCUCGGACUUUUCUUGAACAUUAUUGUCCUGAUCGCUCAGUUCUACACCGCAGUCGCUGCACCCAUCGGCGAAUCCGGCGUCGGUACGGCCGAAUCCUUUUUCAGAACAUACCUGGCUGCACCAGUCAUUCUCUUUUUCUGGGCCAUUGGGUAUGUGUGGAAGCGCGAGGGCUGGCUCAGGACGUCGCAGAUCGACGUUGAUACCGGGCGCCGUGAACUUGACUGGGAGGAGAUCAACGCCCACCGUGCGAAAGUUGCUGCUUGGCCUAAGUGGCGGCGCGUUUGGAACAUGUUCUUUUGA